AUGAUCCGGGAAUACCUUCGUGAGUAUCCGGGCAAUAUCUGGGCAUUGACAAAUCUUAGCUUAAUGACUUACGCGACAAAUUUUCGUCCAUAUUCGGCCAUUGAUAUUUCUGCGAACCUCCACAACAAAGUGACUAAAGCGCAAGCCGCAAAAGUUCUCCGGGAUUUGCAUGAGAAGAAAGAGAUUGAAGGAAGAGUUUCCGGUAAACAGACAGUCUACCAUGCUCUACAAGAUCCGUCCGACAUCGCAACCCCGGAGGUAGCCGCGGCUCUCAAGCUUGAUAUCGAACGCCUCGAGGGUGAGAUUUCAACUUUGAAGGCAAACGAAAAGAGAGCCCGAGCAGCGUUAGCAGCCCUACAUGCAACCCCCCGGAUAUCCGAACUCCGGCAAGACAUCAACCGUCUUGAGGCCGAGGAAUCGACGAUCCAGGCUCGCUUGGCGAGUUGCCACGAGAGCGACCCUGUUCAUAUAUCACCGGAAGAAAGAGAGAAGCUUGAAGAGGAAUGGAAAUAUUGGCAACGGCAUGCCAAUGUGCGCCGUCGGAUGUGCCGUGAUCUCUGGGGACAAUGCUCCGAGGUACUUCCAGAAGGCAUGACUGCGGCGGAGCUGUGGGUGGGUUUUUCGAAUGACGCCCAAUAUCCAAUUGUCAAUGCUCUGGAAUUCUGA